AUGCAUCCAUUUCGUGAACAUUGUGACAUCUUGGAAGUAUUCAAAGAAGGAAAGUCUGCAGAUGGUUUCCUGCGUGUGGCAGCACCAAUGGUCAGAUAUAGUAAAUUGGAAUUCCGGCGAUUGUUGAGAAAGCAUGGGGUACAAUUACGAUUUACACCCAUGAUUAUAGCAGAUUCGUUCACAAGAAGUGAGAAGGCCAGACAAAAUGAAUUCACAACAGCAGAAGAUGAUGUGCCGGUGAUAGCACAAUUUGCCGCCAAGGAUGCCAAUGAGUUCGUAAACUCUGCUCAACUAGUAUAUCCAUAUGUUGAUGGUGUUGACCUAAACUGUGGUUGCCCCCAGUCAUGGGCCAUAGCAAAGGGAUACGGUUGUGGUCUGUUGAAAAACCCAGAGUUAGUAAAGGAUAUUAUUAGCACAACUCGUCGGUCGCUCAGCGAAAAAUUAAGUGUUUCCGUAAAGAUACGACUAUUGCAGCACGCGUCGAGUAAAACAACUGUGGAAUUUGCCCGGCAAUUGGAAAUGUGCGGUGCUACAUUUUUAAGCUUGCAUGGAAGGACAAUGUGGCAGAAAACCUCAGAACCCUUAAAUGUCGAAGCAAUACGAGAUAUAAAAGAUGCUCUAAAUAUUCCCCUAAUUGCAAAUGGAAGUGUGAAGACAUGGGACGAUGCAUGUGAACUGCACAAGCAGACUGGAGCUGAUGGUAUUAUGGUUGCACGGGGUUUAUUAUCAAAUCCUGCUCUUUUUAACACCAAAUAUAAAAAUGCUGAAAUUACACCGAUAGAAUGUGUUCAGGAUUGGUUAGAUAUUGCCGUAGAGGCAGGUGAUAAUCUGCACUUUCUAACUUUCCAUCAUCACCUAACAUUUAUGUGGGGUGCACACUUGAAACGCAAAGAACGUUUGGAAUUUAAUUCCUUUACUACAAAGGAGGAUAUUUUCAAUUUUUUCGAAAAAAAUUACAAUAUAAAACCUAAUACGCAACAAAUCAUAGAAAGAACCUAUCCGCCGUAUACCAAUUGUACAUAUGAUCAUUUCCAGCCUGAAAUUAAAGAGACCAAUGUCAUUGAGGACACUACAUCAUCAUGGAAUUCCAAUACAAAUGGUAAAUUUUUCAAUGAAUUCUCUGAAGAACUAGAGGCUGAGGAUGAUUGUGAUUUAAGUAAUAGCUUCUUUGCCGAAAUCUAA